AUGUCAUGGGUCUCUGACAUCGCCGGCUCUCAUCGUGUCCAGCUGGCAGUCACAGCGGUUCUCUCAGGAUGUCUUGCGGCGAGCGCAGUUAUUGGGCUGCAGGAAGCUCGAAAACAAUACAACGAAUACGACCUGAAAGAAUCGAUACCCGGGCUUGACCAACCGCACCAUGUCGAGCAGAUAAAUGACUUCGGAGGCGCCGUUCCGGAGGAUAAUGCGGACGCAACAGAGGCGGACAGAAGUGCUGCUCUUGCGCGGAGAGCAAGACUGGGAGAUUACGAUGAAGGCCUAAUCCUGGAACAGCUCGCACGCAACCGCGUCUUCCUCAAAGACGAAGGCUUGGCCAAACUCCGCAAAGCCUUUGUGGUCGUCGUUGGCUGUGGAGGUGUAGGAUCACAUGCUACUGCCGCCCUUGCGCGAUCAGGAUGCGGGAAGCUUCGACUAAUCGACUUCGACCAAGUCACCCUAAGCUCUCUGAACAGACAUGCCGUGGCAACGCUUGCAGAUGUCGGUACGCCCAAGGUGCUAUGCCUAAGAAAACGACUCGAGCAGGUCACGCCCUGGACUCACUUCGACUGCCGCAAUGAGCUGUUCAGUGAGCAGGUCGCAGCUACUCAGCUGAGCGCAUGGAAGGACGGACAAAAACCUGACUAUGUGAUCGAUGCCAUCGACAACAUCGAGUCCAAGGUCGCACUGUUAAAAUAUUGUCACGACAACAAGCUCCCCGUGAUAUCUUCAAUGGGCGCCGGCUGCAAAUCAGAUCCGACCCGAGUCUUCAUUGGCGACAUCUCAGCCUCAACAGAGGACCCUCUCUCACGGUCAACGAGACGUCAGCUUCGACUGCUCGGGGUCAAAGAUGGCAUACCCGUCGUCUACUCGUCCGAGAAGACAGGGCCGGGAAAGGCACAGCUUCUCCCGCUACCGGAGGACGAAUUCCAAAAAGGCGCCGUCGGGGAGCUAGGCGUGCUUCCUGAGUUCCGAGUCCGCAUCCUGCCAGUACUUGGAACCAUGCCUGCGGUCUUCGGCCUCUGCGUGGCGAACCACGUGAUGUUGGAGAUCUCCGGCUACCCGCACGAGUAUCUGCAAAGUAAGUCGAGAGAUAAGAUGUACGACGGCAUUCUGGCGCAACUGCAAGGACUCGAAGAACGUGUAGCGAAGCAUCACGGGUGUGACCCGGUCGGCCUGCGCAUACCUGUUACAACGGAUGAUGUCGGCUACCUGAUCGAGGAGACCUACCACGGCCGCAGUGCCAUUUCAGGACUUGCUAGUAGAUUGGCGCUGGCGAGGUGGCGGAAGCCGGAGGGUGAUUGGGUUGAUCGGACAACACCGGGGCAGAAGGCGGAUGAGCUGCGAUUGGACAGCUUGGUCUGUAUGACCAAGGAUGAGAUGGUCAGGCACGAGAAGGAGGUCCUGAAGGAGGGCAAGGCGCCGGAGGAAGUGUACGAUAAGAGUGUGGUGGAGCGGGUGGAGCGGAGACUGAUGGAAGAGACUGCGUUCAGGUACAGUUCGCGGUGA